AUGAUCGACCCAGAAACGCCUUCAACAAGUACCACGCAUCCACCAGCUGGCGCUACAGCUCAUUUUUCAAUUAUAUCGAGCAGCUCGUCAUCAACUGAUCGCCCUUUUUCCCUGGAUCAACUUUUGAGGGUUGGAACGAAACGAUCUGCCUCUCCACCACCACAAACAGUCAUCUCCAGCCUACAGAAACAGCUAUUAGCAUCCGCCCAGCAGCCAACGUCCUCCUCCCAACGACGGGUAAUUAUGAAACCAACAAGCGAGGAUAAGACAUUGAUUCUAUCCCUCUUCAAGAAGAUCGAAUCUCAGGAACGAAUAAUUCAAGAACUAACUAAUGAACUGAAAAGCGCCCGGGCCGAGAGGGAAACAUUUCGGACUCUAUAUGAAGGGGCGAAAACGGAAAAUAGAUUGCUAAAAGGGAGCUCCGUGGGCUUUACUGCACUUCGUCCACCAUCUAGUGCCAGUGAAGAAUUGGACGUGAAGCCGACUAUUAUACAUAAACCGCUU